AUGAGAGAAACGCUAAGAAAUAUUGUAGAUAUUACUUUUUGCUGCGAAAAGAAAAAGUACGUUUUGAGCAAUGCCGCAGUUAGAUCAACUCUGACAGCUGCACUCUGUCUGACAAACUUUGCUUCACAAGUCGUAGAACGACAUAACAAACCCGAAAUUGAAGCUCGAUCCUCGGCUGAAGUAGUUCUCAACCCAUUGGUAAUUUCUCGCAAUGAGAAUGAAAAAGUUUUAAUAGAACCGUCCGUGAAUUCUAUCCGGUUUUCGAUCAAGAUCAAACAAGCUGAUGAGAUAGAGAGGAUUCUCUGUCAUAAAUUUACUAGAUUCAUGAUGCUUCGUGCCGACAACUUUAUUAUUUUGCGAAGGAAGCCUAUUUCGGGUUACGAUAUUAGCUUCUUGAUUACCAAUUUCCAUACCGAACAGAUGUACAAACACAAAUUAGUAGAUUUUAUUGUUCAGUUCAUGGAAGAAGUAGAUAAAGAGAUAUCCGAGAUGAAAUUGAGUCUUAAUUCGAGGGCAAGAAUUGUUGCAGAUUUGCGUAAACAUAUUCGAUUUACUAUAUAG